AUGUCGUACUUUAUCCCUUCGUUCUUCCAGAAACGCCUUCUCAGAUAUGCGCUUUCUCGGCUGGAGAUCGUCGAUACCGAUGCGUUGGACUUGGACAGCCUGGGUAUAACAUGGGGUCAACGGAGUACCUUUGAAUUAAGGGAUGUUGGCUUGCGGCUAGAGAAUCUUGCGAAGACCUUACAGCUCCCACCGGAGUUCGAAAUAACCAAAGCCUGUGUUUCGAUUGCUCGUGUGACUAUACCCGCGGAUAUCUAUGCUAGCAGUAUCAUUAUCGAGAGUGAAGGCAUCCACCUUGACCUAAAACACACACCGACUAAGCCAGGUAGCAAAAGACAAGGGCGGAAGGCAAACGAUGGCGACAAGGAGUCUGGUCAAGGUGACCAUGAGAAAAUAUUGCCGUCUACCACUGAUAUUGCACAGUCGUUCUUGGAAUCUGAACCGGUCGAAGAAACGGCUGAACUCGAGGCGGCGUUAACAUCGCAGUCCUCUCACUAUAUCAGCCAGUCAGACGUCCUCAGUGAUGAUGGAUCCGAGGAAUCUGCUCUUGGGCUACAUGAUGGAGUUACAUUGCCCACUUUCGUUGCUGGCUUCAUCAAAGGGGUAGUAGAUCGAUUACGAUUUAACAUCAGAGAUGUUUCCGUUAGAGUGAUCAUGGAGGUGCAGCAGGAUGCCUUCCAGAAGCCUUCAUCUUCCAUAAAGAUGAAGCCUAUGACUGCUAUAAUGAGACUGGGCGAGGUUUCGAUCGAUGGCGUUGCACCGCCUGAAUCGCAGGAUCCUGCCCUCAAGACAGGAAAACGACUGAUAGUCUUCUCCCAGCUCCAUGCCUUAUUGGUCUCCGAUGAGACUCUAUUCUCAAACUACUCUCGCUUUGCUCCUCCAGGCAUGGCAUCUCUUAUUUCUAGAGCAAGUUUGACAAAACAAGAGUCAAUGAAGAGUCAGUCGUCGCAAGCAUCGAGCUUUGGGUAUGACAAUCCCUUGGCUCAAUCUGGAGCCCUAAAGUCGUCAUCCCUACUUGAUGAUCCCCUUGAACAGCCGGGACCUCUUGAGCAGUCACGAAUUUUAGAAAAAUCGGUCUCUUCAUCAAAUGACGGGAGAUUCGACGAUGCAGACACUGAUGAAGAAUAUGAGCCGGAAUACCGGAUCGAACCCCAUGCGCAGGCUCCGGGAUUGCCUCAUAUACAGCUGGGAGAAGAUGGAAUUAAUGCUUCUCUGAAUGAAGCCCUCGAGUCAAGAAUUUCAAAUAACUUGAUGGACUCAACUUCAGACACCCCUAGACUCACCGUCGAUAUGGCAGACUCCAUAGCGGACCUCCCAGAGCAGCAAUCAAUACCCGAUAUUGGCUCUUAUGAAGACGGUCUACAGGUUUCUGGCCAUAAUUCUUCUGCUUUGUCUAUGUCAGUGUCCACACAAUCAUUCCAUUCUUGCCAGAGUGAUGACGAAGGGGAAGAGAAAGAACCAUCAACACCAACUGCUGCUGUGAACCCCAACAUUUUCUCAGAUGACAACCAGGAGGACAAUUUUAUCCCACAAGAAUCAGGGGCUGCCUCACCAGAUCGUCGGUCUUCUACAUCAAGCGCAAACGACUCAGAACUCUCGCACCGGGAUGAGCUCUCCGAGUCAAAAAUAUUCACUCACGAAGAAGCUCGCAGUAUGUACCAAAGUGCUAUGAAGGAUGGCGUAGAGUCCAAGUUGAUCGGUCACAUGCCUGGUGCUUGGAGUGACCAUGGCUCAGAAAGCAUCAUUGAGGAAAAGAAGGUUAUCAUUGACGAUGGCCAUGAACACCUCUUUCAGGAUAACGAAGACCAAUCCGGUGCUACACCUACUGGAAGCACUGUCCUUAGUUCUUCGUCCGUCGGGGACGUUGGUAAUAAGGACGUACCUGACAUUGGCAGAUCAUACGCUGAACGAUCUCGUCCACGUUUGGUUGAUCCAGCUUCCGAUGUUGUCAAGAAUAUCUUAGAAAUUGACAAAAUUAUGGUCUGGUUACCCCCAAUGGGCGGAGACCCGCCGCAGGAGCUAUCUCCUGAGGCACGGGUUGAUCCUAUCCAGCGCAUGCGCGAGUCAAAUUUGGCUCCAGGCCAAUCUUCAGUGGCUACCGGUUCUCCAAGAAUACGGUUUGCUGAUAGGAGUCGCCAGGACUCCGUUUCAUCAAGCUCGACCGUGUCUGGGCAGCAGACCGGUGGUGCUGGCCCUGAGGAUGACAGUGAUAUUUUGAAGAAUAUGCAAAAGGAGGCUGCUGUAGAAAUUAGUGUAUCCUCCAUCCAGAUCAGCUUUGAUAUUGCCUGUGGAUGGCUCUUGGUGAAGGUAGGCCAGAAUCUUGCUCAGUCGUUGAACUCCACACCUGCGCACGACAAGGCAUUGGAUUCCGCUACCAAUGAAAGACAACUAAUUCCUAUUAUUGUUGAUGUCUCGAAUUGUUCCUUGAAAUUGUUAGAGCAUCUUCCUGGUUGCUCUUAUUUGCCAUGGAUAUCAAACUCAGCGUCCAACACUCUAACCGACCCCGAAGAUGCUUUACUCCAAGUUACUAUCACAGGCAUCGCAUUCAGGUCACUAACUGCACCUCAUAUCAUGAAAACACGCCUCACAGCUAAUAAAUUCAAGAUCAGCCACUUAUCUGAAGAUCUUCUUUCUUUUGAUGAAGGCUUGAAAAUGCGGGAAUCCACGCGAGACAUCUUGUCUAGCUCUAGCGAUAUUAUUAUCAGCGCAGUCAAAAAUUCUCAAGGUUCUCGGCUUACCAUCAAUACCCUUCCCUUGCAUAUGACUGUCAACCUCCAGAGACUGGAUGAAACGCUCACUUGGCUAGGAGGCUUAAGCACCAUCUUUGAACUUGGUAACUCCAUCGCUUCUGCUACAACAGCCACUGGUGGGCCCCAAGAACCUGGCAGUAAGCCGCGCGCGGUUCGAUUUGAGCAAACGCCUAAUGCCCCUAAAGAGCCGCCUUCUACCGCCGACUCAGCUGCAUGGAAGCUGGAUUCACGAAUCGGCGGGGUUGUCAUCCACGUUCUUGGAGAGCAAUGUAGAGCGAAGUUGGAAACCUCAGCGGUGAAAUUAGUCAAAAGGUCGGAGGGUAUUGCAGUUCAAGUUGACAGGGUUAGGGCAACUGGCCCUCAUUUUUACCAUUAUAACAUUAACAUUCAGAACUGCUCGCCUGCUCUUGUGGCGCUGGAUAAUGUCCGCUUUGAGUUCCUGUUUACCCCGAAAGAAUCAGACCUAGAUCGACUAUUGACUCUUUUAGCCCCGUCUAAGAGUAAGUACGACGAAGAGGACGAUAUCAUGAUUGAUACAUUGCUUCGACAACGUAGGCAAGGGUCAGUUCUUCGUUUAACUGUUGGGGGAUUAACUGCCAACGUUUACUCCCUUUCUGCCUUGCGGCCUUUAUCAUCACUUGCAGAGGACGCAUCGAAACUUGCCAGAGUUGCCAAAUACCUCCCCGAAGACGAUAGGCCUGGUAUGCUUGCCUUAGCACUGGUCAGAGAGCUUGAGGUGAAUAUUACUGUUGGUGGCAAGGUUGGUAAAUUCAGACUUCAGUCACACAAUGCAGAAGUUGGGUAUGUCAGCUUUCCGUCUUUGAUUGCUUCCCGGGUUUCGACCGCAACCGUUUUGCGGAACGAAAUGGAGGAGCUCCUCGGACCAGCUGUUCUCCGUAAGCCUGGGGAAAGGAAAUCUGAGAGCGAGCUGCCCAUGUUUAUGGUGAGAUAUAUAGCGGAUGAACUAGAGCCCGCUAUCAAGCUGAAACUUUUCAAUACUCGUGUUGAAUACAUAGCUGAGUCCAUCAUGACCCUAAUGGAUCUUCAAGAGGAUGAAGCAACCACAGAGGGCAUAGCAACCAACAUAGCACAGUCAGUGCUCAACUUUGCCGAGUUACCAGAACAGCCUGCAACUGAACUUGAGACUUCGAUGCAGGGCUCAGCUGCUGCAGAUACCUCCCCUGGCACUACCUCUCCAAUUCGCCUCUCCGUUACUUUGAAAGACUGUCUCAUAGGCUUGACUCCUCGAAAUUCUCCUGCCAAAGGCUACGUGGUGUUGACAAAUGUCGAAUUCUUUGGAUGCAUGCAGCAGGAACUUCGUUCUGAAGCCACUUUGAAAGUAGCCAAAGCGUCAAUGAUGAUAGUGGACAAGGUAGAGUCGGAAGAAGAAACUAGAUCGAACGGCCGGCGUAAGAGGUCUACCAGUUUGAGUCCUCAAGUUCAAUAUCUAGAGGAGAGAGGCUAUGUUUCUGUUUGUGAAACUUCAUCCGCUCAAAUACAUGUCAAAAUCAUGCAGCUGGCAUCUGACGGUCAAAAGUCACUCGACGUGGAAGUGAGAGACGACUUACUGAUACUUGAGACCUGUGCCGACUCUACUCAAUCCCUUAUAGCUCUUCUAAGUGGGCUAUCACCACCUGCGCCUCCAAGCGAAGCUGUCAAAUAUAGGACAGAGGUUAUGCCAAUCAGCAACUUGCUACAAUCAUUCGCUGCGGAGACCCUGGACGCUUACAAUUCGAAUAAAAAGAGCGGCAGUGAAAAUGACGGUCUAGAAGAGUCUGACGAAAUAUCGGCUGCUGAGCUAGGGUACAUCAGUGACUUCUUCCCAUUCCAUGCUAGUGUUAAGUCAGGUAAAUCAGCCGAAGAAGCUCCGGGUGAAGGAUAUGAGCUGUUGGCAAAUAGUACGCACUCAGUAGCGCAUGUCCACCCAGAACAUACUGCGCUCAACUUCGAUGAAGACCAUUUCUCGAAGAAUUCUGCGGUUGGAGGCACUGCCCAUCGAUGGGAUGCAUCUCGAAACAUAUACAAUCUCUCAAACGAAGUCAACCUGCAAAAUAGCCCUUUGAGAUUAAGGGUUCGGGAUGUCCAUCUCAUAUGGAAUUUAUAUGAUGGAUACGAUUGGUGGCGAACUAGAGAUACCAUCUCUAAAUCGGUGAAGAGCUUGCAAACUCGAGCUGCCGAAAGAAGGGCUAGAGCAACUAAUAGACGGUUGUCGCGAGAGAUGGAGGAGGAAAUGGAGCCUACCAUUGACGACUUCUUGUUCAACUCUGUAUAUAUUGAAAUACCCUCCAAUAAGGAUCCUCGGGAUCUCACCGGUGACAUCAAUCGGAAUAUCGAUGGUUUGAGCGAGACUGGAAGCUAUGCAACCACCUCAACUAUAACUGGUGCAUCUACACAGGAUGGGGUUUCUAGACGAGAAAAAUUACGCCUAGCCCGGAGUCAACACCACAAAAUGACAAUUGAGCUGAAGGGUGUUUCUGCGGAUGUGGUUGUUUUCCCAGCUAAUUCUGGAGAGACUCAGAGCUCGAUAGACGUUCGAAUCCACGAUCUGGAAAUAUUCGAUCAUAUGCCGACUUCUACGUGGAGAAAAUUUGCCACAUACAUGCACGAUAUGGGCGAGAGAGAGAUCGGUACAAGCAUGGUCCAUGUCGAAGUUCUGAAUGUGAAACCAGUAGCGGAUCUCGCAGCUUCUGAGAUAAUAUUAAAGGCAACUGUUCUACCACUGCGCCUUCACGUUGACCAUGAUGCACUUGACUUUAUGGCCCGGUUUUUCGACUUCAAAGACGAGUCAGCAAGCAAAUCUGAGACUGCUCCUGGCGAUGUGCCGUUUCUACAACGGGUAGAAAUCAAUCCUAUACCGAUACGGCUUGACUUCAAACCUAAGAGGCUUGAUUAUACUGCUCUUCGCUCUGGUAGAACCACAGAGCUGAUGAAUAUUUUUGUUCUUGAUGAAGCAGAUAUGGUCCUUCGCCACGUCAUAUUAUAUGGUAUUACCGGGUUUGAAAGGCUUGGAAAGAUGCUGAAUGAUAUCUGGACACCCGAUGUACGCGAUAACCAACUCAGCGGCGUUCUAUCUGGACUAGCACCUGUCAAGUCACUGGUAACUCUCGGCAGUGGUGUUAGAGACCUUAUUUUUAUUCCUAUUCGGGAAUACAAGAAAGACGGUCGAAUUGUCAGAGGCAUUCAGAAAGGCGCGGCAGCCUUUGCCAAAACCACAACAAGUGAACUUAUCAAAAUCGGAGCCAAGCUAGCAAUUGGGACGCAAAAUGUACUUCAAGGAGCAGAGGGCUACAUCAACGGCCCUCCUGCCCAGCCUGCGAAUCGUGCUCCAUCAUCUGGGGAGGAUCCUGAAGACGAUGAGCCCAUUGAUGUAGGGGCAAAGCAGCAAAUAUCUCUUUAUGCAGACCAGCCUGUUGGUGUUAUCCAAGGGUUACGUGGAGCGUAUGCAGGACUUGGGCGAGAUCUGAGUGUUGCACGAGAUGCAAUCAUUGCUGUACCUGGAGAAAUAAUGGAGACUGAGAAUGUCACUGAAGCAGCACGGGCAGCCCUCAGGAGUGCGCCCACCAUUAUACUUGGUCCAGCCAUUAGUGCAGCUGGUGCAGUUGGGAAGACACUCUUGGGUGCUAGGAAUACAUUGGAUCCGGAGAAUAAGAGACGAGCAGAUGAGGUAUGAGAUUUACCCCCUAGUUACUGCUUAAGUUGCAGUUACUAACGGAUUACAUAUAGAAAUAUCGAUCUCUCUGAUACGACCUCAUGUUUCCUUUUUUUAUUUUAUUUUUCCUAUUCAUCGUGCGUUUGGGUAUCUAUUGGCGCGAUGAGAGGCAAUCAUUUCAUUUUUAAACGAGAUGUGAAUGAAGACUUACGAUGGAGCAUCAAUUUCCUUCAUUAUUUAUCUCAUAUUUCCUUGUCUAUCUUUUCCACUUAUAUUUUCUUUUCCAGAAUGAAUCAUGCAUGAUGAAAGUAUAUGAGGGUGCCCCGGAGUUUUUGAGCCACAAUUUGCCUUUAUUAUGUUUCCGCAUAUCUAGCAUACGGGCUAUUGCCAGAGAUUGUUUUUUAUUCGAUGUUUAACUAAUAUCUUAGCCGUUUUGUUGAAAUUAUGUGUUUGUCUGUCCUUCGCAUCUAGCAUUGUAUAUAAGUGGAAGAUUAUCAUUACCAUGAAUACACUCUUGAGUGUAAAAGGGUACCCUUGGCAGAGCUCAGAUUGAUCAGAAUCGGACAGCCCGUACUCC